GCGACAAGCCUCGCCGAUUUCCCCCCGCCGCCACUUGCUCCCUUCCUCCCGCCUCGCACCUCUGCUGCUCGGCUCGUCCUCCUGCCUGUCAGCUUGUCGGCCUGCCUGGCCUGCUCCGCUCCCUGUCCUUCAGCUGGUCCCCAGACCUCCGGGCCUGCUCGGCAUCCGGUCGAUGCUCCUGCCGCGAUCGCUCCGGCGAUUGCUGCCGCCGGCGGUCCUUGGGCUUGCCUGCCUGGCGGUGCUGUAUCUGCUGCGAGGACCGCCCGACGGGGGCCCCGGGGCCGCCGGUACCGGCAACGACCCCGCCGGGUUGGUGUCUCGGUCAGCGGCCAAGGAUGCAUCGGCCGCCUCCAGGCGCGCGCCCUUUUUGCUGGCCGCCGGCGGGGUGGUGGUCGAUGCCGGGCCGGAUACCAGCACCGGGGCCGGCCGGGCCGCAUCCCAUGUGCAGGUCAUCCGCUUUGAGUUCCCGGCUUUUGGAGUUCGACCGCCCUCCUUUUUGGAUCCGCUCCACCGGGCGCUCUUCUUCCAGGGGGAGGCCCCGGCGGCCAGCUGGCGCCGGGCCACACAGCUGUCCUGUGCGGCGGUCGGAGCCCUCGGGGAAGGGGCCGCCGAAGCGGGCCGGCGCUUGGGCGGCAUGCCGCGCGGCCCGGGACGUCCGGCCGGUGCCCCGGCUCCGCCUCCUCCCCUCGCACCAUUGCCACCCGUGGUUUGGCAUGCGGUUGGCUUUGACCAAUGGUCCGGUCGGCCUGAGGAUAGUCUUCGCGGGCUGACCCCCGCUGGACGCCGAGGCCUGACGGAACUUUGUGCCGCGGCCGCCAACGGGCCGGCGGACGACUUUUUCGCCGGAACCUCGGACCCGGGGCUUUGGAUUUUCCAUGCGCCCCUCCACACCACCGGUCGCAGCUCCAUCCGCACCAAUGUCCCGGUGGGCAAGUGUGGCCCCAGCACAUGGGGGGACUUGUGCGUCUCUCCCCGUGAGGCCGGCCUUCUUUUGGGUGCCUUCGUUCUUCUUUCGGUUUUUUUGUCGGCUCCUUUCUUUGCUUGCCUGCUUGCUUGCUUGUGUGUGUGUGUGUGUGUGUGUGUGUGUGUGUGCGUGUGUACCGAGGAGUGCCCUGGUCGUGGAUCUUCCAGGACCCAUUCUCCGGUUGCCAGCCAACAUCCCCUGCCCGUGGUCCCGGUGGCGGUCGACCUGCGCGUGCCACUUGGCUGCAUGUUCCAGCAUCUGAUUGAUGCCGGCCUGCCACGGCUGGCCAUGAUGGCGGAAUUCCUGCCGGAGCUCGGGGCCAACGAACUGACGGUCCUCACUGGGGAGGUCCCCUUUGCGCCGCACACGGCCACCGUCAACCCCGGUCCCACCUGUACCCCGGGGUCGGCGCGCGCCGGGGAUCUUCUGUGGGCUGGAAUCGGCCUGGCCGGGCCCGGCCGGCGGCUCCCCUCCAUCCGCCAAAGCUCCGCCGGGCUCUUUCCCCGGGCGGAGCUCGAGGCGGUGUGCGUGCUGCCGGACCUGCCGGAGGCCCAUGAAGCUGCUGCUCCGGCCCCCCCGGCCCCGGACUCCGAAGGGGCUCUCUUCUUGGCCAAGGAAUUUGUCACCUUCGCCGAGGUCCCCAUCUGGCACCCGGUCCUGUGGUGGCGCAUCCGGGGUCUGCUGCUGCGCCGGGCCCGGGGCUUUCGGCCACCCGGGCGCGAGGGGCAAUGGCCGGAUUCGCCGGCCCCGGCCGGAGCCCUUCCCCGGCAUCCGGAUCGGCUGGUUUUCCUGCAGCGAGCCACCGGCGCGCAAAAUGGCCGCAGCCUGCCCAAUGAGCUGGCCAUCUGGCGCAUGCUGGAGGCCGAGCCCUGGGUCCGGACCUACCGGCACCCCGAUGGGUCGCUGCACCGGGUUCCCCUGCGGCCGGUGUUCUUCGAGGCCGGGCGCGCGACCGAGGACAACCCGCCCCCGGCGCCUCCCGGCCCGUCGGGAGCCGGGUCGCUGCUGUCGGCGGCGCCGCUCUUCGAACGGGCGGCCGUCCUGCUGGGCCCCCAUGGCGGGGCCUUCUACAAUAUGCUCCUCUGCCCGCCCGGGGCCGCGGUCAUCGAGUUGAUGCCUGCGCACCAUGAAUUCCACCUCUUCCCCUUGUUGGCCGGCGUCCUCGGGCACUGGCAUUGGUGGCAUGCGGCCGGGCCAGGCUGGUUGCCGGCAACCGGGCCUGGUGGCGAGGCUGCUCCGGCUCGCGACAAUGCCCUGGCUUCGGUGGACACCGUGCGUCGGCUCCUGCUCCGAGCCCUGGCCGAGCCGGUCGACUGGCCGCCAGUGCCCCAUCCGCUUGACCCGCUGGCGGCCCCCGAGCCAUCCAAGUCGUCCUGAGCCAGGACCCCCCCCCC